UCAGUAAAAAACAAAUAAAAAUUCGGAGCAACCCCUAUCAAUCAUAGUCCGAAUCACAGUGCAUAGCUUUGCCUAUUGGCUUCGUUAGAGUACUCUUGUAGGAGUCAAUAUUCCGCUUCAAGGAAUCAAAACAGUAAUAUUAAAAAAAAAACUUGGGUUGAUAUCAAAGCCUAAUUCUUACUUAUUAUAUGAAUAUUAACUAUAACUUUACGGUCCUUCUACUAUCCACAUUACGGACUGCUGUGGAUUCAAUGUGGAGGGCAUCUUUAUUUGGUCGCUUAAUAAUCAGUGACAACUUCACAAAAAUAAUUGUCAACAAAUGCCAUAAGUCAUUGCGAAAAUUGGUCGUUUGUGUUUCAUUCUUUGAAAAUAAUUGAUAUGUAGGUUGUGGCCGUAAUAAAAUAGUAUUAAAUUUUCAGCGAAUUAAAGACUAAUGAUAUCAGUAAUUUAGUUAAAAUGUCUACCCCGCCGCCCCAGCAGCCUCAGGCAAGGCGCUCCGCUGGCGACAUUAAGAAGAACACCCCACCGGCAUCAAACAUUGUCACUAGAAAUGGAGCUCGUAAGGCGAAAAUUCAGACACGAGCUAUGUCGUCGGGAGCUAAACCAUCAGCGUCAGUCGCCUCAGUGAAACGGAGAGCGCAGCAGAAGAAGAAACACUGUGUUGAUACCGUGCUCCGGGACCAUUAUCAAAUUGCAAUGGAUUCCAAGACCAAAGUGAAAGGACCAACUGGGUUUGUAACAGAGCCCCGCAUGGCGGAGCACCGCUGCCUCUGGGAUGACAACUAUCCGGAGUGCCCUGAGAGAUUGACUAGCGUCAUUAAUAGGUGCCAAGAACUGAAACUGAUAGAACAGUGCAAACAGUUCGAGCCCCGGGCGGCCACCAAAGAAGAACUCAAUACCAUGCACUCGCCGUCGGUCUUCGAGUUACUUGAGACCACUCACCAAAACCAGGACUUGCAGUAUUUGGAGGAAGUUUCUUCGAGAUACGACGCUAUUUAUAUACACCCGAGCACCCACGAGCUCGCGCUUCUAUCCGCCGGCUCAACCAUCGACAUGGUGGACCGCAUAGUGUCCGGGGAAAUCCAAAAUGGCGCCGCAUUUGUCCGGCCGCCCGGACACCACGCCAUGCGCGCCGAGCCGUGCGGGUAUUGCUUCUAUAAUAAUGUCGCUUUGGCAGCUAAACAUGCGAUUGACAAACAAGGAUUGAAUAGGAUAUUAAUCGUCGAUUGGGAUGUUCAUCACGGGCAAGCCACGCAGCAGAUGUUUUACGACGAUCCAAGGGUGGUAUACUUCUCGAUCCACCGUUACGAGCACGGCGCCUUCUGGCCCAACCUCCGCCAGUCGGACUUCCACUACACGGGCUGCGGCCGAGGGACCGGGUACACGUUCAACGUGCCCCUCAACAAGACCGGCAUGGGCGAUGCCGAUUAUAUCGCUAUAUGGACUCAGCUGCUUCUACCAAUGGCUCUUGAGUACCAACCCGAGCUGAUCAUUAUAUCUGCCGGCUACGACGCUGCGGUCGGCUGCCCCGAGGGUGAAAUGAAAGUGACCCCAGCAUGCUACGCGCACCUCCUCAACAUGUUGAUGUCUGUCUGUCCGUCUGUCUGUGUGGUGUUAGAGGGAGGGUACUGUUUACCUUCGCUGGCUGAAGGCGCGGCGCUCACUCUGCGGACAUUGUUGGGACAUUCUCCACCAGCGCUGGAGAAGACUGGGGAACCUUGUGAUGAAAUACGCGACACCAUCCUAAACUGCAUUUACGCACACAAGCAGCACUGGCGUUGCUACAACUACCAACACACGUACAGCACCGACGGCGUGCCCAAUGUGUGCGACAGGGCGAAACAGAAGCAUACAGUCUCUGUCAGGUGGGAGGGAGACGAAACUAGGCUGGGGAGGUUUCUGACUAGGGACUGUUAUCCGGUGCAAGAUAAUGAGACGAAGAGGAAGAUUAUGGAGCGGCUGAACCAUUUGAGACUAGUAACGGAUCUAACGAUACCUAAACAUGCAGUAUACUACAUUUUCGAUCAAGCUAUGUUAAAGCACAAAAAUAUAUGCGAACCUGGCCACGUAGAAUGUCCAGAGCGAAUACAGAGGAUACAUGAAAGACAUAGAGACUUCGGUCUGUUAGAGCGAGUGCACCAACUCACCGCUAGAACGGCUACCGAUGAGGAAAUAUUAGCGGUACAUACUGUCAAGCAUCUAAACAGAUUAAAAGAGUUGGCAUCGACGAAGCUGCGGGAAUUGAACAAUCAAAAGGAACAAUUCGACUCCGUUUACUUCCAUCCCGACUCGCUGGAGAGCGCUGCCGUAGCCACCGGAUGUGUGUUACAGAUGGUAGACACAGUUUUGUCCUGUGGCGGGUCCGGCGUGUGCGUGGUGCGGCCGCCCGGCCACCACGCCGACGACGACGUCCCCAGCGGCUUCUGUCUGCUGAACAACGUCGCGGCGGCCGCCAGGCACGCCGUGGAUAACCAUGGACUCAAACGGGUCAUGAUUCUGGACUGGGAUGUUCAUCAUGGCAACGGGACGCAGAGGAUUACAUAUAAUGAUGACAAGAUCCUAUACAUGUCCAUCCACCGUUACGACCACGGUUCGUUCUUCCCGCACAGUAAAGACGCGGACCACACCGCGGUUGGCGAGGGCAGGGGGGAGGGCUUCAACGUCAACGUGCCGUGGAACAAGCGCGGCAUGGGCGACGCAGAGUACAUGGCGGCGUUCACACAAGUCGUCCUGCCCAUAGCGUACGAGUACAACCCGGCGCUCGUGCUCGUGUCGGCCGGCUUCGACGCCUGCGUCGGCGACCCGCUCGGAGGUUGCAAAGUGUCCCCGGAGUGCUACGGGCGCAUGACGCAGCUGCUGCGCGGCGUGGCGGGCGGGCGCGUGGUGCUGUGCCUGGAGGGCGGCUACAACAUCACCAGCAUAUCGCACGCCAUGGCGCAGUGCACCAAGGCGCUGCUCGCCGACCCCGCCCACCACCACGACCCCACGCCCACCCAUGCGUCAGCCAUCGACACUAUCAACGACGUCAUCGCCACGCACAAGAAAUAUUGGAAGACUUUGAAGUUCCAGCUGGCGUUGCCGGCUGAAAACGUUCUGGAAGAACCUCUCCCUAGCCGCGGUUUGACUAUAACUGAAGAAGACAAAUCUGAGAUGAGUUUUGAUUCUACCAAAACUCAAGAUGACACUAUUGAAGCGCUCGCUUCUUUAACUAUAAAAUCUGAUACUUCGAUAAAAUCUCUAGACGUUUCAAUAAAGUGUUCCGAUGGAGUCCAUUGUGGCACCGACGAUGAGGAUCCGGAGCAUUCGAAGAAAACUUCAUCCAAAACUAGUAUCGCAGAUCCUCAACCGGGGUCAUCUAAAAGUGAACCGCCCAAGCAAACGUUAGUGGACUAUUUAGCGGAGAACAUGCAAGCUAUAGUGGACGGUGAGAUGUUCGCGGUGAUACCUCUCCCGUGGUGCCCUCAUAUAGACGGUUUGAGUGAGUUGCCGGCCGAUGUGAAGUUCGAACAGGGACUGAAGUGCAGUGAGUGUGACGAGACGAGCGAAGUGUGGGUGUGCCUGCAUUGUUAUAUAAGAGCAUGCGGCCGCAGCGUCAACGCGCACAUGGAGUCGCAUUACGCGUCCUCCUCCCACCCGCUAGUGCUGUCCCUCUCGGACCUCUCCGUGUGGUGCUACGAGUGCGACGCGUACGUCGACAAUCCCCGUCUCUUUCCUGCCAAGGACAAUGCACACUUCCACAAAUUCAACGAACAUAUGCCUUAUUGUUACAGAAGUGAUACGUUACAUAUGGAGUGAACGACAUAUCUGAGAGACUAGAUAUUAUACGCUGUUUUAUGGCCUGUUUUUACACUGAUUUGUGUUAAGUACGACCAAAGUUGAAAUAGAGGUGGAUUGUGAAAGAUUUUUUUUUAGCCACAGUAAAUUUACUGCCAUCUUUCGACACAUGAUUAAAACUUUUAGAACGCCAUUUGACUUGAUCCUUAUCCAUUCACGGAUAUGUGUUAAAU